GAGGAAGUGAAAGCGUUGCAGACGGAUCAGAUCAUAUCACAAACGAAAGCAGAGUUUGUCUUGUCGUUUCAUUAAAUUAAAAUGCGAUAUGGCAAAUAAAGGUAGUUGCAGCAGCAUCACCACCAGAAAGGAGCACUUUGUGAGCUGGUUAAUUAACUCUGAUUUUAAUGAAAAUCCAUCUGACAGCACUGAUGAUGACAUUAAUGAAAGUGGACUAAAGGAGUGUGAAUGGGACUCCUACCAGCCCAAUCCAGAGGAACAAUACCAUUUACCCCGGAGCAGUCCUGUAAUAUCCCGCAAGAGGUGUGAUGCAGAGCUAAAGACAGAAAAACAGGCUUCUGCCUCCAAUCUGUGUUUGACCACCACUACCUAUGAUACAUCUAUUCUAUCCACCUCUCCAUUAAUAACAGCAAAAUCCAACAUUUCAAAUCUUCAUGGAUUGGAUGAGUUCACACACUCGAAAAAACUAAAGGAACCGACAUCAGUGUCCGACAAAGAUUGGACAUCUGUGUCACAUAAAAUCAAAGAUUCAUCCCCCAAAGACAUUUUAGAACAGUCAGACUGCCGUAAAAGUAAAUGUGGUACAGACGGAAUAUCACCUGUGUCCCAGAGGACUCCGAUUCUCAGCCGCUCUGCACCUGCUGCAAGGUCGAGGGUUCCAUUAAAUCAGGGUUUGCAGUCGAGGGGUAAAAGAAGAGCCUGCUCUGACAUCCCACCAGCAUCUAGUCAAAGAAACUCGGGAUAUGUUAGGAAACAUGGGUCAUUAAUUGACACACACUCCUUUGAUGACAUCCACGGGCGCAGUUUGGAUCAGGAAAAUGCUCAUUUUGUAGUUGUGGAUAUGGUGCUGGAAGUGCUGGAGUCUGUAAAAUGGGUUGUGUGUCUGGAAGAGUUAAAAAGCAAUCCUUGUCAGGACAAAUAUGAAACACUGUACACUACAAAGAUGGACUCUUUUUCCUCAUUUGACAGUGGGUUUGAGGACGACAGCACCCCCAAACCACCUUCAAACAGAUACAGCCUGGCUUCCUUUCAGUGCCCUCAGAUCUCCAGCAUGCCAUGCUCUGCUGAACAUUUAGCUCAUCAUCUGGUGUCAGGGUUCAGGAAGCAGUGGUUCCCCGCUGAGCGACUGCAAAACCCUGACAGCCUCAACAUUGCUCUACAGGAAUACUCUUCCUCCAUGACAGCAGGGGACGGGAUCAGUUUAUCUGAGGAGAUCAAACAGAAGAGUAGAAUGAGAGGAACAUUAACAUGGGCUCCACCCAGAUUUCAAAUCAUCUUCUGUGUCCAACCAACACACAGACGCAGAGAUGUCAUUGCUUCCCAACGUUUCCUGUGUGCAGGCUGUGGCACUGAAGUAGAGCCCAGGUACAUAAAGAAGUUGCGAUAUUGUGACUACCUGGGAAAAUACUUUUGUGAUGGUUGCCAUGGUGGUGAGGAAUCAGUGAUUCCGGGUCGGGUUCUGAGUAACUGGGAUUUCGCGAUGUAUCCGGUCUGCAAUUUCUCCAGACAGCUGCUUGACUCCAUAUGGCAGCAACCGCUUUUCAAACUUGCAAGUGUGGCAAAGAACCUUUACAACCAGGCCAAAGAGUUACAGCGAUUCAGAGAUCUACAGGAGCAACUAAUGUCCACCAAAAAGCUUCUCAGCACAUGCAGACUAUCAACUGGAGUUCUUGCUGACUUUGAACAGUUACCUGCUCACCUGAUGCAUGAACCGCACCACCUCUCAAUGAAUGACCUCAUCAGGGUGAAGAAGGGUCAGCUCUGGAUCGCAGCAAAAGCCAUUUUUCAGUCUGCAACUGCACAUAUAGACACUUGUGAGCUGUGUCAGGCAAAAGGUUUUUUCUGUGAGUUCUGUCACGGGACGGAUGUGCUUUUCCCUUUCCAGAGAGACACCUGCACUCGUUGCCAAGACUGCAGAGCCUGUUUCCACAUCUCAUGUUUCCGUGAUGAAGCAUGUCCCAAAUGUGCCAGACUACAGAAACGAAAGAAGCUCCAGCAGGAAGCCAUAAAUACAUGAAACCUCUAAUGCUGCAUUUAUGUAAUGCAUUGUGGACACUUUUAGGUGGUUGUAGCAUCAUAACUGUUAAAUUACUUACAGUGGUAGACUUCUGACUUGUUACUGUGUAUUAUGUAUUAUUUUUGUUUAUUUUGUUAGCCACAUAUGAAAGUAUGAUUUGUAAUCAAAGCUGUGUAUUUUCAAUAAAUAAAUAAAAGUAGCAUUAC